ACGAGAAUUGUCUGCUUUUUCCCAUGGUGACUGUAGACCACAACGAUUAAACAGAGUCUUUUUCUGUCCUGAAAGGAGUCGUGCCAUACAUCAGGACACUGAAGGCACACGUGUUGAGCGUUGAUCGUAUAGGUGAUCAAAACAUUUAAACGUCACCGUGUUUUCAGUUUUUUAUUAGACACUGGGAAGGCAACUUAGCGUUAGCGUUAGCGGCCUACCGAACUUUGUUAUUGACGAGCUCGUCAGGAAUUUCCAAAAGACAGAAGCCCAUCAGCUGGAACAGAGAAAGACAGCAGGAGCUGAAGGGAUUCAAGUAUCCCUGAUCACCAUCGGGCCCUGAGAUGACAUCACAGCAACCUCAGUUCCCCAAUGCUGUUAUUCCUCCCCAGCUUGCCCAAAACUCCUCUACUCAGCAGGCCCGGCCUCACAUCCAAGCUAAUCAGCUGCACUCGAGUCAGAGCGGCGCAACCUCUGGGCAUCUGGAACACAGUUCACUGAGAGGCAGGCCAGGCUGCUCUGGUGCAUCUGCAGCCAGCGGGGAGGUGGCCAACAGGAACAUUUCUUGCACCAACUCCAGCUUAUCCAGAAGAGAUGGGGGUUUUGAACCAUGGCCUGAGGAAGCAGUAGACAACUCCCAUGGGCUGUACUCACUCCACCGCAUGUUUGACAUAGUUGGAGCCCAGCUAACACAUCGGGAUGUCAGGGUACUGUCAUUCCUGUUUGUUGAUGUGAUUGACGAAUAUGAGCGUGGUGGCAUCAGGAGUGGAAGGGAUUUCCUGCUGGCCCUUGAGCGCCAGGGUCGCUGUGAUGAGACCAAUUUCCGGCACAUUCUCCAGCUUCUAAGGAUUAUCACCCGGCACGACCUUUUGCCUUAUGUCACACUCAGGAAACGACAGGCCGUGUGCCCAGACCCUGUUGACAAGUACCUUGAAGAAACAUCAGUGCGCUACAUUUCACCAAGAGGAACAAUGCAGAAGAAGGACACUGUGCCUCACAGAAGAACAGGUCCUCAGCCAGUCAUUUGCUGUUCCCCAUCAGGACCCCAUGUUGGCCCUCCACGAACGAAGCCAUCUCCUCCUGUACCAAACCGUAAACGGAAGAGAAGUCAUUCCUCAGCUGACUGCAGAGAGAAGCAAACAUGUGAUAUCCGCCUUCGGGUUCGCGCUGAAUACUGCCAGCAUGAGUCUGCGCUUCAGGGCAACGUAUUCUCCAACAAACAGGAGGCAGUGGAGCGACAGUUUGAGCGCUUCAAUCAGGCCAACACUAUCCUCAAGUCCCGAGACUUGGGCUCCAUCAUCUGUGACAUCAAGUUCUCCGAGCUUACCUACUUGGAUGCCUUCUGGAGGGACUACAUCAAUGGAUCAUUGCUAGAGGCCCUUAAAGGGGUCUUUAUCACAGAUUCCCUAAAACAGGCUGUGGGCCACGAGGCUAUAAAACUGUUGGUCAACGUUGAUGAGGAGGACUACCAGGCUGGUCGACGUAAACUUCUCUGUAAUUUGGUCACAGGUGGCGGGAGCCCACCUGGAAGUACCAAAGACUCUGUAUCUUAGACACACUCUCAAGGUGGUAGCAUACAGGAGGAACACUGCUGUGCCUCCACCACAGGGAAUAGAGUGAGAUGUGGUUGGGUCAUUUGAGGUGCCUGAUGUAUGUGUCUGAAAGGAAGGACUUCCAGCUGCCCCACUGGUUCCUUGAGAGCUAAGUUCAUAGGAUAUCGACUUGGCACCCCUAGGCGUAGCAUGCAAAGUGAUUGGGACCUAUGUUAGCAAAAAGAAGUAAACGAUGCAUACAGGUUGGCAUUAUUUUGAAUCCUAAGCUGUUCAUUUUCUUCAAGGAGGAGAAUGCUCAUCUCAUAUGUGCAUUGACUUGUAACUAAUUUCUUGUUUCUUGUUUCUGAUGUUAGCGCAUUGAAACAAAACACAUUUGUUAACUCUAAUGAUAUUCUUCACUCCUGUUCAAAAGUGGAGUUAUUUUGAAUAUAGGAAACAUGCUUCACGCUGACAAGUUACUCCCAGUGGGAGUUGUACCUUAUUGUCUUUUUUUCCAGGUUUUUCAGGUACAUUACAGACUGGUAGGAUUAACCCAAGAAGAACGUGUUCUGUAUGUUAUAUAAAGGUGCACACCACAAUUGACUUUUAAUUUGUUUGUCGAGUUCUGUCAGCUUACUUUCCCAAGACUUUGCAGAGUUUUCUUUUCUGUAAAGAUAAACCCUAUCAGAGCCUUUUUAUGGAUCAUAUUUGGUCACUGUCAACAACAUUAUUGUGUCUUUGUUUUCUUUUAUCAAAUUCUCACAUGGUUCUUUAACAGCAGAUUUGAUUCUGGCCUAAUUUGAUAUUUCAGUUGUUCAGUCACUGCCAGUAUUUCAAACUUUGUGGAUCGUUCAAAUGUGUUAAAUCGUAUCCGAGUCAUUCACCGGUGUUUUGUAAAUCAGUGUCAGUUUCACUGUCAGCCUGUACCACUGGACCUCUGCUCACUCACUCACUCACUCACUUGUGAUGUAACAGAACAUUUUUUCAAAAUUUGAAAUGACACUCACAGUCCAACAGCCAGUGAAAAUCACAGCCAGUAUUUGUAAAGUCAUCUUAGUUGUGCAGAUAGUAGGAUGCCCAAAGAAAUUCAAAUGAUUCACUGCUUUUGUUUUUGUUAAGUUAAAGAUAUUGCACCCUGCUAUAGGUGAACUCCCACAUUAAAUCCUCAGCAGUCUUCUCUGUGGAUAUAUAAUACCUUCUUGUGAAUGUUGAUGUAAAGUCCACAUGCCCAAAAGGUGAUAUGAACAGGUGUUGAAAUCACUUGCUCAUCCAGUAGUUUGAGGGUAUGUUGGACUUGUUGGAGAAAUGAUAUUUUGACAGGACAGGUAUCUUCAGUGGCAUCCUUUGCCAUUAGAAGGUGUUACAUCUCCAUGGGCAAAUGUACACUGAAUUCGGUACUCUUUUAUUAAGUUCUGUGAAAAAAUAGCACUGCGAGGACCAACAUAAUAAUAAGGUCCAUUGCAUGUUGAUCCUCUACUAUUUAGAACAUAGAUCUCAAACAAUAAUGUUCUUCGAGUUGUAGAACAGUUUCACAGUGCAGCCUGAAACACUAAUUAAUCAAAAUGGGAAUUUAUAGGCAUUAUGUUUGGUAGGUGCUUGUUGACAGUAUUACUGAUUACAUCUAAGAUUUCCUUUGAUGCAGUCAUUAAAUCCGUUCAAUGGCCACUUUGUUAAGUUUCAGAAGGAGACUUUUCGAGUGUUGGGAAGGCACCCAGAAUAUCCCAACAUCUUCACGGCAUGGAUUUUACAAGGGAGAUCGGAGAUUCUGGUUGAUGUUGACAUGUUAACUUCAUGCAGUAGCUGUACAUUUUGUGGCUGCAUAAUCAUACUACUACCGGAGCUGCACUCCCGACAAAACUGUGUCAGUAUUGGACAAUCCUGCAAAAUUCGGAACUAUUCCUUCAAAUUCUUGCCACCUGCAUCAUCUGACCGUGUAAGUUAUGCUAUUGUUAUGGUUCAACAAAUACUUCCUGAAAUGGCUCUGAACAUUUGCAUUCAGUGUAAAUCAAAUGAUGAGGUGCUCUAUAUAUACACACACCCCAAUAUACCAAUAUUGACACAAUUCAUAGGGAUAUCGUGCUGGAGUGAUCACCAGUGUCAUGGCACUGUAGUCUGAAAUUGUUUAAUUCCCCAAAUUGUGGCAUUAAAUUAAAAAUAAAGAGGGAAAGAAUUUGAGUUUGAAAUGUCAUUACGAGUAUACUAGGACUAGUUAUGACUCAAAGCAAACAGUACCUUUGUUUGGAAAUGUUUAUCAAAGAUGAAGUACUAGCAUAAUGCUAUUUUGUGAUGAGAUUAUUUUGAUUUUGCUGCAAAAGUAGAUUAGAGAUUGAAUGUCAUUUUAGUAAGAAUUGCCAUUUGAAAUACCUGUCUCUAAUGCUUAUAAUUGAUAUUUGUCCUUCAUUUUUCUGUUAUUCAGUGCAUAUAGCCAAAAUAUGUGUGCAGGCUCAUAUUCAGUAGCAACAAAUGUGUACUUAGUCAGCAAAGUAUGAAAGUAUGUCAAAUUAUUUUGACACAGUUCUUCACUUUACGUUAACAAUUCUUACAUCUUGAUGUUUUUACUAGCUGCAUUACAAAUGUGCAUCUUUCUUUUUGCCAAAUCUUUGUAAUAUGUAUUGCCUCUGAUUUUAAAAUGUAAUUGAACUUUUGUCUAGCUUUCCAUCACUUGGUUAAAUGGUGGACUGAAAUUCAGCAUUUUGCUUUUAUGUUCCCUAAUAAAAGUUCUGUGUAUGUA